AUGGCUUCAGGAGUGUUCAACUGUCCCAUGUGUGACUACACCUCCCCACUGGAAGAAGAAAUCCUCUAUCAUUUUGAAGAGCAACACACCGAUGACUCUCCCUUCGUGGCGCGAGGCGCCUCUCCUACCAAAGACUCAAGCAUUCCAGCCACAUCCCAGAGCAAGAGCGCAGAAAAGGAUGAAUCUCCCUCGCCCAGCAACGAUGACGCGGAGUUCAACUACGUCAAAUGCGAGGUGGAAGACUGCGGGGAGAUCGUGUUGCUCAGCGACCUGGCGGAGCACAUGGAGAUGCAUGACGCGGAGGAGAUGUCGCUCGCGCUGGACGAGGCAGACAGCGCGACGGCACGUGAGCAAGAUGAGCAAGACGGAGAAGGGCCCAGCGGUGCUGGUGAAGAUGACGCGACCGGGCGGUUCGAUACAAAUAUCGCGGACGGCCUGCGACGCAGCGCGCGGAACAGCAAGAAGCAACCAUCUCCGGCGAAAAGGACCGGAUUGACGCGCAGCUUGUUCGAUUCCAUCGCGCCGCGGACCGCGGAAUCGAAAGGGAAAGAUAAGGGGAAGAAAGUCGCGAUGGCGCGGAAGAAGGCGAAGAAAGGGCGGGAAGGCCUGGGCCCGUAUGCAUGGGAGGAUGAAAUGCCUGCGACGAUGUUGCAGGAGAUGAAGCAGCCGAUUUCCAUCUGCAGGAAGAAUAUCCUCCGAUCCGAUGGGAAGGGGAUGCUCACGUUGACGUGGUAUAAGAACGAGACGCCGGACCUGAUCCCCGAGCUGGCACGGCUAUCGGAGACGGAUCGGAACAUUCGGAAGGCGUGGUACUGCGACGAUGCGGUGCAUCAUGUCGGCAAGACGACGACGCGUGACACGGGGUUCUGUGGGUAUAAGAAUAUCCAGGUGAUGCUGUCGUACAUCCAAAACGCAAGAUCUAAGGGUUACAAGGAGUUGAGGCGGCGCGGGUUCGACAUGACCCCUGGGAUUUUAGAUCUACAGGACAUGAUCGAAGAGGCGUGGGAUAAGGGGUUCUGCUCGUUUGGGCGAAAGGAAACCGGAGGCGUUAAGGGCACGCGGAAGUGGAUUGGCACGAGCGAACUCGCCGCGGUUCUCACCCUCCUCAACGUCGACUUCACCCCCGAAUCCUUCCAAGAUGACCUCUCCACGGAUCACCAAGCGUAUGAGGCCCUCCUCUCCUACGUGUCCACCUACUUCCGCCGCGGCGUCCGCCCCAACUGCACCGCGAAAGUCCACCAGACGUCGCUCCCGCCGCUCUUCCUGCAGCAGCCGGGCCACUCGCUCACAAUCGUGGGGUACGAGAUCCGGAAGAACGGGGCGGUGAACCUGGUGGUGUACAACAACAUGUUCCGGCCGCCGCCGGCGCUCAAUGUCCAUAAUAUCAGCAAGAUCAAGCCGAAGGCGACGGUGGAGUGCAUGAAGGGGUUUCGGAGGAAUGAGGAGCGGUUGCGGAAUCAUAAUGCGUUUGAGGUGGUGGCGUUGGUUCCGGAGGAGUGGUGUUUGGAGGAUUGUGAGGGGUGCCGGUGA